AUGAAUAAUAAUCAAAGACCAAAAAUAAAAACCCCUAAAAAAUUUGAGAAAGAAGCGUUAGAAUAUGAUUGGAAUAUAUCUUGGAAUUUUCUUUCACAAGCAAUUAGGGAUAUAUAUAAAAAAAACUCAUAUGUAUUAUCAUUUGAAGAACUAUAUCGCAAUGUAUAUAAUUCUGUUUUACAUAAGCAAGGGGAUAAACUAUACGAUGGAAUAAAAUCAAUAAUACAAGAACAUUUAGAAAAUAUUUUAAAAUUUGAAAUACAACCUGUAUAUAAGAAAAUCAAGGCACUAAAUAAAGUAGAUAUAACAGAUAUUGAAAUUAUAGAGGCCAACUCUUAUUAUCUACAAACUCUAAAAAAUGUUUGGAAUGAAUACAUUCUUUGUACGAAUAUGAUAUCUCAUAUAAUGAAAUAUUUGGACAAAGUUUAUACAAAACAAGCGAAUAAACUACAAAUUUAUGACAUAAGUAUUUUGCUUUUCAGAGAUUAUAUCAUAAAAUGCGAAGAAUUAGCAUUUGGACAAUGUGUUGUUACGAUUAUACUAAACCAAAUACAUAUGGAACGUCAAGGAAAUACAAUAGACAGAUCAUCGAUUAAAUCAUGUAUAAAUAUGUUUAAUACUCUUCCUGAUAAAGUAAAUACGACUAAAACCGUUUUUGAAGUAGAUCUCGAGACAUAUAUUCUUUUAGAAACUCGAGAGUUUUAUAUUAAAGAAAGUAAAAGACUUCUAAAAUUAUUAGAUGCCAAUGAAUAUCUUAUUCAAUGCGAAAAAAUUCUAGAAGAAGAGCAUAAUAGAGCUAGCAAUUAUCUCCCACUUGAAACUGAGUCGAAAAUAAAACGUAUUGUAGAAGAAGAAAUGAUUUUGCAGAAUAUGAGUACAAUAAUAAAAAUGAAGUCAUCUGGCCUUUUUUUCAUGCUAGAUAAUGAAAAAAUAAAUGAUCUAAAUCGCUUAUAUAAUUUAUUUGUCAAUGUAGACCCAAAUUUGACCGAAUUAAGAGAAAACAUUUUUAGUAAAAUUAUUGAACUUGGAGAAAUUAUAAAUUCUAAAGUUGAUAACAUGUUUUUAUUAAAUAAAAAGGGAAACACGGGAACUAAAGGAACCUUAAUAACAACAUAUGCAUUUGUUUGGGUUAAUAAUAUUCUUCUACUUAAGGAUAAGUAUAAUAAAAUUUUAAAAUUAGCAUUUCAAGGGAAUAAAUACAUUCAAAAUACUAUCAGUGAUGCAUUUUCUAAAAACAUAAAUACAAAUCCUAGAUCUAUAGAAUUUAUAUCUAUAUUUAUUGAUGAAAAUCUAAAAAAAAAAAAGAUUCCAGAAAAUGAUAUAAAUAUUGUUUUAGAUAAAGCCAUUACUUUAUUCCAAUAUAUUAAAGACAAAGAUAUUUUCGAAAAAUAUUAUAAAAAUUAUCUUGCAAAACGACUCUUACAAUCCUAUUCAAUAUCAAAUGAUACAGAAAAAUAUAUGAUUACAAAGCUAAAACUCGAAGCAGGCUGUAAAUUUACAACAAAAUUAGAAGGAAUGUUUAAAGAUAUUCAACUUUCAAAAGACAUAACAGUAGAAUAUAAAAAUAUGUUAAAAUCAAAUUCUUUGAAAAUUCCUUUUGAAUUAAAUAUUGCUAUUUUGACAUCAACAUUUUGGCCUAUAACAGUGAAUAAUAAUCUAACUUGCAUUUAUCCACAACAAAUUGAAAAUGGAAAUUCAGAUUUAAAAGUAUUACUUAAAUCAAAUACUUACGAAAUAAAUGUAUCUACAUAUUCAAUGAUGAUUUUACUUUUAUUUAAUAAUAUUGAAGAAGAGGAAUUCCUAAGUUACAUGGACAUUCAAAUAGCAACAUCAAUACCAAAUCAAGAACUUACAAGAAAUUUAAAAUCUUUAAUUUGUCGAAAAUAUAAAAUUUUAAUAAAAUAUCCAAAUUCGCAAAAUAUUGAAAUUUCUGAUAAAUUUUUAUUUAAUCAAAAUAUCUCUUUUCCUAAAAAAAGAAUAAAAAUCUUGAUUAUAGCAAAUGAUAAAACCAAAAAGCAGGAACAUAAAAGCAUUAUGGAAAACACAGAGGAAUCUAGGAAAUAUCAAAUAGAAGCGGCUAUUAUUCGUAUCAUGAAAUACUAUAAAACAUUAGAUCAUAAUACUUUAGUAGAAGAAACUAUAAAACAUUUGUCGUCAUAUUUUAUUCCUGAUCGUUCAAUAAUUAGAAGAAGAAUUGAAGCAUUAAUAGAGAGGGAAUAUAUAGAAAGACAUGUAUUUAAAAAAUUGAUAUAA